ACGACAAUUCCACUAUAGCCCUGUGCAAUCUUACCAUCAUUGAACAUGCCUGUUCCUUGGCUACACACCUCACACAAGAAAACUUGGCCUCACUGUUGAAAUGUUCUCUGGAAAGCCAAAGGACAUACCCAGUUGAGGUCUGGAAGCUUUUCUUCCAUAAAGCUUCUGCUGCUCUGGAUCAGGCUCUUGAUACAUUUGCCACCAUGGCCCCAAACAACAGCAGUCCAUCCUUGGCAACAGCUCUUGAGGCUCUGGGAGAAAUGAGACUGGCCAACUUCAGCCAAGCACAACUUCAGAGUGAAGAUUUCGUCAGCAAUUGGUUUCAGAAAAAGAUCCGUCCUUUCCUGGCUUCUUCAUCCACAAACUUCCUAAUCUGCCUUAGCAACGACAACUUCAGCUGCCUCACAUACCAGAUUGUAAUCAAGGCAUUCAGCAACCAAAAGGUCUUGAUGGACAGUAACACACAGCGAGCAGUCUUCACCCAUUUCAGCAAACAAUUCCUGUCAAGAAAUGAUUCAUCUGAUCCUGGUUGCGUGUCAUCUGUCAAUGGUAGUCAAACAUGGCUACAAGCAAACCUUGGAAGCUUCUCUGUUUUUGCAACCCUACAGGAAUUGCAGGUCCUCAAUCCCAACGUCUCACGUACUGAAUUCUUGUCAGAACUGGAUCCCGCUCAGGUGGCGCAGGUAUUACUGAGCAUAGGGACCAUAAAUGACACGGCUCUAAUUGAUCGUGUCUUUGAACGACUCGAGGUUGGCAAUGCUCUGGAAAAUGUGGAUCAAUUCCUCACACAGUUGACCGCAAAUGAACAGGUUCCACAGUUCACUCCUAUUGUGCGAGAUCAUGUCAUGAACAAGACCUUCAUCAUCAUCAGUCCCCAUUUCCAGGGCUUCAACAAAGAUGACUUUGAGGCUUGGUUCCAUGUCAAACUGGUUUUCAUCCUGGCAAGUUUCACUCCAGAGAUGCUCAACAAUGCAACGUCAGGCAUAAACUGCACAAACUACCAAGUUGUUGUGAGCGGGAUGGCCAAAGUUUUCAGUGCCAUACCGAUGGCGAGACUUCAAGAAAUCACAGACGUUUUGCUGGGCUACCUCAGAACAUCUGCCAGUGUCAUUAAUACAGCAGUUUGCAGGCAGGAUAUCCUGAAUGAUGGCGUUUGGGUUCAAAUAAACUUGGGUCCAUUUUCCCAAUAUACAACCUACUCUGACCUCAAAGUCUUUAACCUCACUGGGGAGGCAGUUGUGAGUGUCCUCUCACCACAACAGAAGGCUGAGUUCAUACUGGAUCCUGACAGCGGAGCUCUGGAAGAUCCUGCCCUCGUAAGGGUGGUGCUCACAAACUUGACACAGUCUGGCGACGAAGUGCAGCUCAGACACUUUUUCGAGGCAUUUACAGACAACAAGCAGCAAAACAUCACCAUCAUCAAAAAUCCAGCUGUACGAGACACCAUCUUGAACCUGACCUUGGCAGGCCUGGCUCCUCAAUUCGAGGUCUUUCAGCCUGAAGACUUUCAGCUGUGGUUCCAGUUCUACUUGCUUCCUGUGAUAGCAAGCCUCCAGCCAUACAGCUUAUGGGUGAUCCCCAGUAACAUCAGCUGUGCAUCCUAUGAAGCUAUACUCAUUGGUCUUGAGGGAAGUUUGGAAUUUCUGCCACUGGACCUUUCCAUGGGUGUCAGAUCAAGCAUGGAUUCACUCAUAAACACAUUCCCACGUUGCUCAGUACCAGAUUCUUUCAAGUGCAAGGAGACAACUGUUGAUGAGGACCUGAUCUGUGCCGAUAUCAAUAGAUCCCAACUCCAGCAGAAACUGGUGGACGACAAUUCCACUAUAGCCCUGUGCAAUCUUACCAUCAUUGAACAUGCCUGUUCCUUGGCUACACACCUCACACAAGAAAACUUGGCCUCACUGUUGAAAUGUUCUCUGGAAAGCCAAAGGACAUACCCAGUUGAGGUCUGGAAGCUUUUCUUCCAUAAAGCUUCUGCUGCUCUGGAUCAGGCUCUUGAUACAUUUGCCACCAUGGCCCCAAACAACAGCAGUCCAUCCUUGGCAACAGCUCUUGAGGCUCUGGGAGAAAUGAGACUGGCCAACUUCAGCCAAGCACAACUUCAGAGUGAAGAUUUCGUCAGCAAUUGGUUUCAGAAAAAGAUCCGUCCUUUCCUGGCUUCUUCAUCCACAAACUUCCUAAUCUGCCUUAGCAACGACAACUUCAGCUGCCUCACAUACCAGAUUGUAAUCAAGGCAUUCAGCAACCAAAAGGUCUUGAUGGACAGUAACACACAGCGAGCAGUCUUCACCCAUUUCAGCAAACAAUUCCUGUCAAGAAAUGAUUCAUCUGAUCCUGGUUGCGUGUCAUCUGUCAAUGGUAGUCAAACAUGGCUACAAGCAAACCUUGGAAGCUUCUCUGUUUUUGCAACCCUACAGGAAUUGCAGGUCCUCAAUCCCAACUUCUCAAGUACUGAAUUCUUGUCAGAACUGGAUCCCGCUCAGGUGGCGCAGGUAUUACUGAGCAUAGGGACCAUAAAUGACACGGCUCUAAUUGAUCGUGUCUUUGAACGACUCGAGGUUGGCAAUGCUCUGGAAAAUGUGGAUCAAUUCCUCACACAGUUGACCGCAAAUGAACAGGUUCCACAGUUCACUCCUAUUGUGCGAGAUCAUGUCAUGAACAAGACCUUCAUCAUCAUCAGUCCCCAUUUCCAGGGCUUCAACAAAGAUGACUUUGAGGCUUGGUUCCAUGUCAAACUGGUUUUCAUCCUGGCAAGUUUCACUCCAGAGAUGCUCAACAAUGCAACGUCAGGCAUAAACUGCACAAACUACCAAGUUGUUGUGAGCGGGAUGGCCAAAGUUUUCAGUGCCAUACCGAUGGCGAGACUUCAAGAAAUCACAGACGUUUUGCUGGGCUACCUCAGAAAAUCUGCCAGUGUCAUUAAUACAGCAGUUUGCAGGCAGGAUAUCCUGAAUGAUGGCGUUUGGGUUCAAAUAAACUUGGGUCCAUUUUCCCAAUAUACAACCUACUCUGACCUCAAAGUCUUUAACCUCACUGGGGAGGCAGUUGUGAGUGUCCUCUCACCACAACAGAAGGCUGAGUUCAUACUGGAUCCUGACAGCGGAGCUCUGGAAGAUCCUGCCCUCGUAAGGGUGGUGCUCACAAACUUGACACAGUCUGGCGACGAAGUGCAGCUCAGACACUUUUUCGAGGCAUUUACAGACAACAAGCAGCAAAACAUCACCAUCAUCAAAAAUCCAGCUGUACGAGACACCAUCUUGAACCUGACCUUGGCAGGCCUGGCUCCUCAAUUCGAGGUCUUUCAGCCUGAAGACUUUCAGCUGUGGUUCCAGUUCUACUUGCUUCCUGUGAUAGCAAGCCUCCAGCCAUACAGCUUAUGGGUGAUCCCCAGUAACAUCAGCUGUGCAUCCUAUGAAGCUAUACUCAUUGGUCUUGAGGGAAGUUUGAAAUUUCUGCCACUGGACCUUUCCAUGGGUGUCAGAUCAAGCAUGGAUUCACUCAUAAACACAUUCCCACGUUGCUCAGUACCAGAUUCUUUCAAGUGCAAGGAGACAACUGUUGAUGAGGACCUGAUCUGUGCCGAUAUCAAUAGAUCCCAACUCCAGCAGAAACUGGUGGACAACAAUUCCACUAUAGCCCUGUGCAAUCUUACCAUCAUUGAACAUGCCUGUUCCUUGGCUACACACCUCACACAGGAAAACUUGGCCUCACUGUUGAAAUGCUCACUGGAAAGCCAAAGGACAUACCCAGUUGAGGUCUGGAAGCUUUUCUUCCAUAAAGCUUCUGCUGCUCUGGACCAGGCUCUUGAUACAUUUGCCACCAUGGCCCCAAACAACAGCAGUCCAUCCUUGGCAACAGCUCUUGAGGCUCUGGGAGAAAUGAGACUGGCCAACUUCAGCCAAGCACAACUUCAGAGUGAAGAUUUCAUCAGCAAUUGGUUUCAGAAAAAGAUCCGUCCUUUCCUGGCUUCUUCAUCCACAAACUUCCUAAUCUGCCUUAGCAACGAUAACUUCAGCUGCCUCACAUACCAGAUUGUAAUCAAGGCAUUCAGCAACCAAAAGGUCUUGAUGGACAGUAACACACAGCGAGCAGUCUUCACCCAUUUCAGCAAACAAUUCCUGUCAAGAAAUGAUUCAUCUGAUCCUGGUUGCGUGUCAUCUGUCAAUGGUAGUCAAACAUGGCUACAAGCAAACCUUGGAAGCUUUUCUGUUUUUGCAACCCUACAGGAAUUGCAGGUCCUCAAUCCCAACUUCUCAAGUACUGAAUUCUUGUCAGAACUGGAUCCCGCUCAGGUGGCGCAGGUAUUACUGAGCAUAGGGACCUCAAAUGACACAGAUCUAAUCGAUAGUGUCUUUGAGCGACUCGAGGUUGGCAAUGCUCUGGAAAAUGUGGAUCAAUUCCUCACACAGUUGACCGCAAAUGAACAGGUUCCACAGUUCACUCCUAUUGUGCGAGAUCAUGUCAUGAACAAGACCUUCAUCAUCAUCAGUCCCCAUUUCCAGGGCUUCAACAAAGAUGACUUUGAGGCUUGGUUCCAUGUCAAACUGGUUUUCAUCCUGGCAAGUUUCACUCCAGAGAUGCUCAACAAUGCAACGUCAGGCACAAACUGCACAAACUACCAAGUUGUUGUGAGCGGGAUGGCCAAAGUUUUCAGUGCCAUACCGAUGGCGAGACUUCAAGAAAUCACAGACGUUUUGCUGGGCUACCUCAGAAAAUCUGCCAGUGUCAUUAAUACAGCAGUUUGCAGGCAGGAAAUGUUGAAUGAUGUCGAUUGGGUUGAAAUAAACUUGGGUCCAUUUUCUCAAUAUACAACAUACUCUGACCUCAAAGUCUUUAACCUCUCUCAGGGUACUAUAUUAGACUCGAUUUCUUCUGGACAAAAAGCUGAAUUCCUUCUUGAAGGAAACAACUUGUCCAAUCAAACUCUUGUGAUUCUUGUAUUCACAAGAGUUGUUGAAUCAGCAUCUUUGGAAAACCUCGAUUCUUUCUUUGCAAUACUGGUUAAUGGAACUGCAGAGCAAAAUCUGAUGACUGUUGUGCGUGACACCAUCCUAAAUCUGACACUAACAGCACUCAGUCCAAAUCUACCCAUGUUAAAUUCUGAAGGCUUCAAGUUAUGGUUCCAGGUGUACCUGCCUUUGUUUCUCCCAAGUUUUGACAACAGAAUCUUUGAAAUUAUUCCAAGAAAUAUCACCUGUGAAUCCUACCAAGAGAUUGUGAAAGGGUUCGACAACAUUUUUACUCAACUAUCUGAGAGACAAACCGAGCAAGUUUACAGAUUCACAUUAGAUUAUCUCAGGGGCCGACCCUCCUCAGGUCUCUCCUGUGUGGCACCUGAUACUGAUGACAGACAAUGGCUGGAACGCAACUUUGGCCCGUACUUUGUUCAAGCUUCCUUUAUGGAUCUGGUGUCCUUAAAAAAGAAUUUCAGAGGAGUGGAAGUUGCAGAUCUUCUGAGUAUCAAUCAGCUCAGCCAGCUGGCAGCAAUCCCCACUCAGCUGAAUGGGGCACUGGAUGUGUCAAAAAUCAUGGCAGUCAUCAACCCUGCUGACUUUGCUGCUUUCUUUAACACAGUCUCAGCAGCAAUUGAGGUACAAUCAGCCAACUAUACACAGGAAGUGAAAUCUGCCUUCCUCCAGGCAGUUUUUGACAGAGGAGGUCUCUCCUCCUCAGCUGUGAGUGACAAUGAUUUCCUGCUGUGGCUCAAGAUGCGACUAAGGCCCUUGUUAGUUGACCUUUCUCCCAAACUGGUGACACCGUUAUUCAGCAUGGGGACGAACAGGAGUUGUAGCAGCAGCCAAGAGAUGAUUACAUUACUUGACACACUACAGAAGUCACUGAGUAACAACACCCAAAAGGAAAUCUACGAAAACAUUGUCCUGUUCCUCCAAGGUCCAGUGCCACUGAAAUGUUACAGUGGUGGAAGCUUCUACAUCUAUCUCAGAAGCAUUUUCCUCAGUUUUGGCUUUCCAGAUUUACCUACAUUAAUAUCACUUCUGCCAUCUACGCAAAAGUCAGAGCUCAUAAGUACCUUCAAUACCUCAGAACUGCAACAGUUUCUCAGUCAGUCCAGUGUGAUUAAUAACAACUCGGGCAUUUGUGACAUUUUCAACAACUUCAACAACACUGCCACCUUCCUUGAAACCGAGGACGUUCCAGAUGAUUUGAAGGUAGUGAUCCUCCCCUGUGUCUGGCCCUUGGCGCUGAGCAGCUACAGCAGAAGUGAAGUCAAUUUGUGGUUUAACCUGCGAUUGAAGAACUAUUUAAGAUUCCUCACUAAAAACCUCAUCAGCUACACUGAAGUACAGAAUACCACAUGUGUCGCCUUCCAGGAACUGGUCAGUUUUAUGGGAAACAGCUUCACAUACAACAUCUCAGAGUUUGGACGGGCUGAUGUGUACACAUCCAUAAACAGCUACUUAAGAGUUGGGUCUGGAGCCAGAUGCUACAAUUCCAGCGACCCAGAACUAAACUCUACCUCCUGGUUUGCCAACUACAUCGGCAGCUUUGUGACAUUUAUUACCCUGGAUGAGCUCACCGCCUAUGUCUCCACCACUCAAAUAUUCUUGGAGGACCAAACCAAUCUGGAGCUCUUUAACAACACAGCUAUCCCACAAAAUGUAACCAGCUACUACAUCUCACAGCUUUUUACUUUAAACCCAUCCUUCAGCCCGAUUAAGCUUCCAGGCUCUUUAUUGUGCUCAUCUGACAUUCCAAGUUUGGCGUAUUCGUCUCUGAAUGAAGCUGAUGCCUUAGUCAUCUUAAACAAGCGGAAAAGUUUCUGUAAUGGAACAGAAGAUCCUGAGAUAUCUGCUGCUCUGGCGUCCACCAUCCAGACCAUCACAACGCAGACGUUUGUAAAUCUUGGCGAUGCCUGUUCAGGCCUGACCAUCAGCCAGAUCACUUCUGUGUCCCCAUCAGUACUGACCUCCUCUUUGUCCACCCUGAGCUCAGUGACCACCUGGAGCCAGGGCCAAGCCAACAUCAUCAUCCAAACCAUUAUCUCCUCAGGUUUCCAGAUCAACAGGGCAUCUGUACUGCAAUCCCUCGGCACACUGGUUGUUGGACUUCCUGCUCAGUCCAUAGAGAAUAUUGCAGCUUCUGAACUACUCAGCAUCUCCACGAACACCAGCUUUGUGUCCAACAUGCUGGCAGCCCCGACAGUUGUCCAGCAAACCUUCGUCCAAAAGAUUAUUUCUGUGGACCCAAAUCCAACCACUGUGGUGCUGAAUGUCCCAGAUGCCAUGGCAACUCAGAUUCCACCAUCCCUGUUGGUGUUUUCUGGAGCAACUGCAAAUAUCAAUGUGAUGAACAAAAAGACAUGGACACCAGAUCAGGCCACCAUGUUUUUUGGGAAUCUGGGUGAAACAACUUUCGACAUUGAGCAGCUUUCUCCAUCUGUGCUGCAAGGCUUCACAUGUACAUCAGCUGAUAAAAUGACAAAAGGCAGGAUCAAUCAAUUAAUACACGCUUGCAGACCAAGAGGAGGCAGAGCCAAGGUGCAGCUGACGGAAGCGCGGCUGACUUGCAUGUACAACCUGCUCCGUGGAGCCCUUUCUCAGAACUUCACAGAUUAUCCCUCAGACAUGCUUCUCUACUUCAAAAGUACAGAUGUCCAGAAAAGCAACUGCAGGUCGUACUUUUCAGCUCUGGGUGCUGCAGAUUUUUCUGUAGCCUCUACAAUUUUGAACAAGUCUCCACAGCUAUUUAGUGACGCCAGGACCUGCUUGGGUAUAAAUGGGAAGAAUCUGAGCAGAGACAACAUAGAAGUACUAGGGAACAUGAUCUGCACCCUGGAUGGAUCUUACAUCAAGGACUCUGAUCCUUUCAUCCUAGAAACACUCAAAGCCUGCAAAGAUUUCUCUGACAGCCAGGUGGCUGCCAUGGAGUCACUACUGCUGUCUGAGAAAACAAAAUACGGAAAUAAAACCACCUGGAACCAGCAAACACUGGAGGACCUUGGAAACCUCCCUCUAUACUUCACAAGAAACAUUUGGGGCUACUUCAAAACUCCAGCAAAAAGAGCGUUCUUUAAAAACUUUAUGCCCCACUUAAGGACAAUAAACACACAAAAAAGGAAGCUCAAGAAACUGUUUCAACAGAUUAGCUCGCUUGUGGCUAAACGAGGAGCAGGCUGCACUGUGGGCAACAUCACCCAGGUGACUGUUAGUGAUGGUGCGUUCCCCUUUGGCUACGAUCAAACACAAUUUGACCUCUGCCUGGACGUCCCAGUUCUGAAGGAUAACCUCAACUCUAUCUGUGAGAAAGUUGAUGACAAUAACUACCAGCAAAUCAUUCUGCAGAAACUCAAUCAGGCAUACCCAUCAGGAGUUCCUGAUGAGGUGGUCCAGAUGCUUGGUUCAGUGUCUCGUGUGGCAUCACUUGAUGACAUCUCUAAGUGGAAGAUCACUAAAAUUGACACCCUGGCAGCUCUCAUGAUAACAUCAGAUGGACCCUGGGAGACAGCAAACAUCAAAGAAAUCAUCGAAAAGUAUCUGAACACUUCUGGGAAGUCCCUGCGCAGCACUGAGCUGAACAUCAUUAACUCCUACGUGUGCUCUUUAAACACCAGCACAUUAAAAACCAUCAACUCUGACAGUAUCAGAAAUGCCAACCUUCUGAAUGUGACGGCAUGUUCAGUGGAGCAGAAAAGUGUCCUCUAUGAGAUCAGUACCUCUUCCUUCAGAUCAUUUCGUUCCAUUUCCUCUGAGUUUUACAAUUUAAUUAAGACCUAUCUAGGUGGAGCACCUCUUGCGGACAUUGUAGCUUUAUCAUCACAGAACAUCAGCAUGGAUGUUGACACUUUUAGGAGUCUGAAACCUGAUGUGAUCACUGCUUUAACCGUGACCAACGUGAAAGGCCUCAUGGGAAGCCAUUUACGUGAUCUGAAGUUGUUUGAGAAUGAUACUGUGGUUCAGACCUGGGUAAACCUGCAGCUGCAGUCAGAUCUGGACACACUGGGUGUGGGGCUAAUCAGCACCAGGACUUCAGAAUCCAGCUCAAACAGCACUGCAGCACCAGUUACAUCGAAUGCUACCAUCAGCUCUCCAACAAAAGAAAACAUAAGUAACUCAGCAGAGACCCCGACUAGUGCAACCACAACACAAGCUGCAACCACAAGUGGGGGAGUGGAGCUGGUGAACCUCUCAGCUCUCAUCUUCUUGGCUGUUCUGCUGACAGCUGUUCUGUAAAUCUGACUACAAGCAGCCUAAACAAAUAUUUAACUUCAGCACCUUAAAUAAUAUAAGCAAUUAUUCUGUUUUUUUUCCUACAUCUGUGAUCAUGAUAUACUAAGAUCAUGAACUUUGUUGUUCAUGAUCUUUAUUUACAUUUAAAGAAAAGUGCUUACUAACUACUUGUUAAUUUAUGUUUCUGUCUCGUUAAACUAUCUAAAUGAUUUGUAAGUAAACCAUCACAAAAAUCAUAAUGUAUUAUUUUCAUGUGGGGAUCUGGGAAAAUUAAUCAUAUUAAAUUAGCAAAAAUGCUAAUAUUUAUUUAAUCCUUAGUAUAUAAACUUUUCAAAUUUAUUUUCUAUUCCAUUAUAUUUAAACUGUAUUGCUAUUUCAUAAAUGAACUUAAUAAAUGCAUACUAACAAGA